AAAUUCGACAGGCUUUUAAACAUUCCGACAUUGUUGACAAGGUUUGAGCUACACGUAGCACAGCGCGUGGGUUUUUAAUUGCGGAAAUUAGGGUUGUUACAGUUACAUCAAUGUAUUUUAUGAAAACACAGCCGGCGUGUAACAGGCAAAAUAACGUAUCACUUGUAGGAUCAAAGCGCCGACGCGACGUGUUGUGUGACUGCAACAACUGUGACUUGCGUACUACGUCACAACACAGCUUCGUGGUGUGACCGCUGAUUACGGAUAAUUUAUUCUAUCUCUGUGUUAGAAAAACCGGUCGGUGCUGUACCGGUUCCGUUUCCUCCACCAGCAGCCGUCUCGGUUUAUUUCUAUCGCUUGCCGUGUCAGUGAGUUGAACCGGUAACCUCCUCCCCCCCUCACCCACCCGAAAAACCCUUGCCCCACUGGCGGCGAAAAUAACACAACUGCAUAGCAAAAAAAGAUUUUUAAACUUCACCUUACAAGAUUUGCGGAUGUGUGUUGAUGUGUUGUACUUCUCACAGGACUCCGUGUAGUUAACACAUGACUAUUGAUUAUUUUCGUGUUAGAUCCACUUUCUAAAACAGAACGUGUAGUUCUAAAUAUAUUUAGUCAGACGUGUCAAAAUAGGAUUGUAAUAACUUAAUAAGCUUGAGCUAUUUGACACCUUCAGUGUUACAUGCUUCAUAUUUUCUUCACCAACGAUUCAUCAGGAGUAUUUGAAUAUUUCGCGGGCAGCCUACGCAAACUAUUUUUCUUGUAAGAAAAGUCCAUUAGGACUCAUUCCAGAUUUUUGUGUGUCACUGUAAAGCAAGGGAUUACACAACGUCAAGUUAUACAUAAUUUAUUUUGUACAAAUUGAACCAUGAGUCGAACACCGGUGAAAAAAGUACCAAUUCAUUUGCAGAGUGCGCAAUCUCGCAUCUUCAUUAAAAAUGGCACAAUUGUAAAUGAUGACCAGUCUUUCCAUGCUGAUAUUUAUAUAGAGGAUGGAAUCAUUAAACAAGUUGGAAGCAACCUGGUCAUCCCAGGAGGUGCCAGAACAAUUGAUGCUCGGGGAAAAUUUGUCAUUCCAGGUGGUAUUGACACACACACCCACUUCCAGUUGCCUUUUAUGGGGACGGUGUCUGUUGAUGACUUCUACAGUGGAACCAAAGCAGCUCUGGCUGGGGGCACCACCAUGAUCAUUGACUUCGUUAUACCACAGAAAGGAGAAUCACUUCUUGACGCCUAUGAGAAGUGGAGGGGGUGGGCAGACGCCAAAGUCUGUUGUGACUACGGCCUACAUAUGGCUGUCACCUGGUGGAGCGAUCAGGUUGCCAAGGAGAUGGAGAUCCUCACCUCUGAGAAAGGAAUCAACUCGUUCAAAGUGUUCAUGGCCUACAAAGAUACAAUGAUGCUUGAGGACGAUGAGAUUUAUAACUGUUUCAAGCGUUGUAAGGAUCUGAAAGCCCUCCCUAUGGUCCAUGCUGAGAAUGGUCAUCUGAUUGCCAUUAAAUCUCAAGAAAUGUUACAACAUGGAGUGUAUGGGCCUGAGGGUCAUUUGCAGUCACGCCCAGAAGAGGUUGAAGAGGAGGCCACAAGCAGGGCCAUAACUAUUGCUGAUCAAGCAGGGGCACCACUCUAUGUUGUCCAUGUCAUGAGCAAAGCUGCUGCUAAUAUCAUCUCUAAAGCUAGGAGAGAAGGAAAGAUUGUAUUUGGAGAGCCCAUUGCUGCUAGUCUUGGAACUGAUGGAACACAUCAGUUCAACAAGUGCUGGCGCCAUGCUGCAGGCCACGUCAUGGCACCACCACUUAGAGCAGAUCCCACUACACCUGGCUACCUCAUGGACUUACUUGCCAACAAUGACCUCCAGUUGACUGGAACUGACAACUGUACAUUCAAUGCUGACCAAAAGGCUAUUGGCAAGGACAACUUCACCAGGAUUCCAAAUGGUGUCAAUGGUGUGGAAGACAGGAUGUCCAUCCUUUGGGAGAAAGGAGUGUAUUCUGGCAAGAUGGACCCUUGCAGAUUUGUUGCUGUUACAAGUUCCACAGCUGCCAAAGUUUUUAACAUUUAUCCCAAAAAGGGUAGAAUAGCUGUUGGCUCUGAUGCAGAUAUUGUCAUCUGGAAUGGUGAAGCCACCCGCACCAUCAGUGCCAAGACACACCACCAGGCUGUUGAUUUUAACAUCUUUGAGGGCAUGACCUGCCAUGGUGUCCCAGAGUAUGUUAUCACUGGAGGCAGCAUCGUCAUGGAUGAGGGACAGCUGAAAGUGACACAAGGACUGGGUAGAUUUGUACCAACUCCAGUUAAUUCCCAGUGUGUGUUUGGACGUGUUGGCACCAGAGAUAAGAUCCGACAACCUCAAAUAGUUGAGAGAGAACCUUACACAGGACCAGUAGUAGAGAUCAAGGAAGAGGAUAUGCCAGUCUUACACAAGAGAUCAGACAACCCCAUCAUACCUGACCACGCUAAUGAAUUUCACAGUCGCCCACCCACACGGGGCGGUGUGCGCAACAUGCAGGACUCAUCUUUCUCCCUAAGUGGUCACCAAUAUGAUGAGAACCAGCCCAAGAGACCUGGAACAAAGGUGUCCAACCCACCUGGAGGCAAAUCUACAGGCUUCUGGUAGACCAAGGGGAUCAGCUGUUAAAAAUCUCAGAACUAAUUCAUCCAUCAGCUGCUGCCAUUUUCUCUUCCCUAGUGCUUUGUGUAGUGUUGCUUGCUAAAGAAUGUUUCAUUUGGGGAGGGGCGGGUGGGUACAGGAAACAGCCUGAAUGAGUAUGGAUGUGUAAGCACCUGGGGGUCAUCUUGAGGAGAUGCAAUAGGUAAUAAUAAUUUUUUUUUUACUGCAGAACUUGAUGGGCGGUGUUGGGUUAGAGAAAGUCUGCUUCAAAUUUUUUGAGAACUACCUGUAACAUUGUGUUUCUCACUGCUCUUUGUUCAUGUGCACUUCGUAAUCAGUAAAAAAAAAAAACAACAAAAAACAAUUUCAUUUCCUUUGCAGUCAGCAUCUUGUAACUAAUGUCAUGGAGAUAAUGACAUUGCAGCAUUUUUUUUUCUCAAGAAACUGUUUUAAUUAAUUUAUCGUUACAUAAAUUAUGUUGCUGUGGAGUGCAAGUUGAAAGUUUGAGUUAAGGAACUUUAGUUUUUAACAAAUAGUUUGAAUUAUAAAAAGCAUGCAGGUAGCAUAGAUUAUUUGUACAAGUAUGGAUGUUUUGUUUGAAAAUAACUUGCUCAGUUUUUUUUUAAGCGUAGGACGAGGUAUUUAUUUUUAUUCCAAUCAACUUGGUUAUUAAAUGCCACAUUUAAUUUUACUGAAAUCGAUAUACAUUUGUAUGGCUGAUCUUGGUGCACAGAAAGCUACUCGUAGGUUAAUCAUCACACAAAUAACCUAUGCAUAAUACUUGUUAGUCCUCCAGUUAAGAACAAAGUGUUGAGAUCUUAGGUAGUUUUUUUUAUUUACUUUUAUACUUACUGUUUUACUUAUACAUUUCUCAUAUGGUGUAUUUGGAGUUAGUGAAAAAAUACAACUGUAGAUAACUGCUCAAGAUAUUGUGUGGUGAUGUAUGUCACUUUUAACAUCAGACUUAGUAUGGCUGUGGGAUAACUAGCCAAUGAGCUAAGGGAAGCUACUAGUACUGAGUGAGCCAUAGUAGGUAUUAUGCUGAAUGGGUUGUGUGAUCUUUAGAAGCUAAAAUAAAACAAAAGCUUAGUCAACAGUUUUUCACAUGUGACAAUCUCAUAUACAAGAAAAAUAUGGAUUGUUUUGUGGUGUGGUUUUGAGGGGAUAACUUUUUAAAUUAUUUGUGUGGACUGAGUGGACAUUUUAGUUCAACAUUUAAAACCAGGUUUUUUGUGUGCCAAUUUUAAGUGUUUGUGGCUAAUUGUGAAUACAGUUGCAUUGUGUCAUAUUAAUGUAACUACUUUUUAAGAGCUAUUUUAUCCAGUUUUCUUUGGUGUAUCAACAAAAAAAGGUUAAAUGUAAUUUUCUACAUUUAAUUUUAGUUAUUUGUAGUUAAGUAACUAUAAAUGAAUUUAUAAAUUUAUUUAAAAUAUAUUUAAUAACAUUUAUUACACUUGAAUUGUUUAGCUUUAUAUAAAGUUUUUUUUUUUGCUAAUAUUUUAUUCUAAAAAAAAUUUUUGAUAACAUUUCUGUAGUAAAUGAAAAAAAAAGUAUGAAAACCCAGCUUCAAACUGCGCAAACAUGUUUUAAUUGUUUUAAACAAAUGAGAUUUUAACCCUAAGCAAAGUUCAACUUAAGCUAAUCAAACACAACAUUCAAAUAUUGUAACUACAGCUAAACCUUUCUGCACUUUUAAAUUUUUUAAACAGCUCCAAAACUGUUUACAAAGGUCUCAUGCUUCUACAUGUAUAUUUUGGUCUCAUUAUUUCAUGAUUAAAAUCCAUACCAAUUUAGAUGUAGCUCUUUACGCAUGUUUAUGAAUAUUUAAAAAAAAUAAAAAUGUUCUUAAGUUGUGAAGCAAUAUUUUCUGUUAAAGGCUAUCUGAUAUUUUUGUACUGGACUUGCACUUCUCUAAAAAAUACUGUGUUGUACAUUCCUUUAAUCUUUCUUGUCUUACAUAAAAAUUUAUUUUAGUCAAGGUUGGAUUAGCUCUCAGUACACUAGGUUAUUGCCCCCUGUCUGAUUAUUUUACUGUGCUAAUAAAUGUUGCUUCCAACUGGAAA